CCUAGAUUUCCCAUUAGGAAAGACAUUUUCGUCAGCUUAAAGCAUCAUAGGAACCGAUCAGUCAGAUCGGACACAAUUGCACCUUUAUACUUGUAAUUGCCUCGGUAGCCUAGCCUUUAACAACUUGUUCUCCCUUACCCCACGAUGUCACUUACACUCAGGAAGCAACAGUAUACCUCAGGACGACAUUCGCAAUGUGAUCGGCAAAUAUGCAAGCCAAACCUCCGUUUAGUACUUCCUUAUCGACCAGCCCCCGCCCCCAAAGGCCCAUGCGUCCGCACCGCGGCAGCCCCCAACACGCCCUCCUCGGGGGGCAGCGCGCUGGACAUCCGGCAGCUGUCCGACAUCAUCACCUCGCAGGCGCUGGAGAGCGAAGAAAAGCAGCACAGCCUGGCUGAGCUGGCGGGUGCGCUGGGUGAGAGUGUGGGGUCGGUGAAGCUCAUGGUGUUCCGGCAGAAGGCGCUGCUGGGGCUGGGGGCGGAGGAGGUGCGGCAGCGGGUGCAGCAGGUGGCGGAGGUGGUGGAGGUGCCGUACGAGAAGGCCCGCCAAAUGUGCGUCAUCCAGCCCAGCCUGCUGACCGACACGCAGCGCCAGGCGGAGGCGCUGCGGCAGGGGCUGCGCAUCAUCUGUCACGACCUGCGUGCGGAGAAGGAGGAGAUUGUGGAGCUGCUGAUCAGCAACCCCUCGCUGCUGCACGGGCGGCAAAUGCGUCUGUCGGCUGCCGACAUGGCGCACCUGGCGCUGUUGCGGGAGCCCAGGGGCAGGAUCGUGGACUGAGAGGAGGGAGGAGGGAGAGGAAGGGAAGAGGAGCAGACAGGGGGUAAAGAAGGAAUGUGAGUCCCCAUAGCCUGGAGCCAGAGCGGAGGGGAUGCGGGCGCAGGG